CAGCCGGCGUCGCCAGCUGCCCAGCCAGUUCCCGUCCCUUUAGGAGCCGGAGCCCGCGCUCCCCCCGCCUGACGCUCCUGGAGUCUGUCCUGCUGGGCUCCAGGCCCACGACAGGCGGAAUGGAGUUCUCGGAGCUGAGCCCUAGGGGCCAGGCCCAAGCCAAGCUCCUGCGGGGUCCGGGGCGCCCCCACUGCGUGGCGCGCUAUGCGUCACCGGCCACCACCUGCUGCUGUCGCCAGGGCCCCAGGUCACUUCAGACCUGUGGCUGCUGCUGUUGCGUAGUGUAGACUCCAUCGAGAAGCGGGUCUCGGGUGGCUUCAGCACCAUCACGUGGAGCUGUAAGGACCUGCGAGUGUUGCAGCUGGACAUGGCGUGGAAGCGACGCUGGACAUCGCCCGCUCCAUGGAGGCGCUGUCGUCUUUGGAAUCGGUCAUCACUUCCUUUCCAUUCUUCUACCGUCCCAAGGGCUUGAGAUUGGGUGACGCCUGGCACUUCCACCCACCCGAACGCUACGAGCGAGUAGCCCGCGAGGUGGGUGCGGUCGCGCGGGCCUGUGGUCGUGCGAGAGUCGCCGCACCUGCAAGGGGCGUGAGGCCCCGGCGCUCCCUGACCGCCCUAACCUGGCCUUCGCCUUUCCCUGCGCGGCAGACCAACGCGUGGCGGCUGAGUGAGGUGAACGAGAACUUCAGCUUGUGCCCCAGUUACCCCCGCGCCGUGAUCGUGGCUCGCGCUGUAAAGGACCGGGCCCUGGCGCUCAGCUCCCGCUUCCGCCGGGGAGGCCGCUGCCCGGUGCUCAGCCACCACCGUGCCCCAGCGAACCGUGGGCCCACCCACCCAGACUCCGCUACUAAGACCAACUGCGGCCCUUCUCGGCCCUUUCCUGCACGGCCGGGCCAAUUCGUCGCGCGCCUGCAGCCCGGGCUCCUGCCGUUUCUAGCCGACCCCCAGCCGCCCUCCAACGGGCCCCGCCCCUGCGCCCUCCCCUCCCCCCGCCCCCGCCCCUCUGCGGGGCUUCCGAGUCUCGCCCGUCUCGGGCCGCGCCCCCGGCCCGUGGGGUCCCUGGAGCGCAGUCGUGUUCCUCAACCCUGGACCCACCCACGUUCUACUCUUCGGGUCGCUUUCCCCCCGGCUACACCCCACUCCAGCUGGGCCCCACGCCUUGCGAGUUCCGCCGCUAGGGUCCUUUAGCUCCAGCCCGCCCCCCACCAGCUCUAGACCAGCCCGAGGGUCUAGGCCACCCCCCCACCCCCAAGGGGCUCCCAGAGCCAAAUCCCCGAGCCAGGGCCGGGUGGCUAAGGCUUCCGGAGUGGCGUCCCGGUUCGCAGGUUCUGCUACGUUCCAGCCAGCCCCUGACUGGUCCCCAGAAAAGGUGCUGCGCUGAGGACGAGGAGCUGCUGCGAGCUGCAGGCGCUGGCCCUGGGGCCCGGGGCUUCAUCUUGGACACCCGCUCGGCCUGAGCCGCCAAACAGGCCCUUGUGACCGGCGGCGGCACCGAGGCCAGAGGCGCCUGCCCUGGCUGGGAACCGCUGCAUUGGCCACUUGCAGAGGGAAGGGGCCUGCAUCCUGGUGCAUGGGACUGAAGGCAUGGACAGCACCCGGUUUGUGACUUCGCUGGCCCAACUCAUCCUGAACCCCUUGAGCCGGACCAUGGCUGGAUUCUAGGAACUGGUGGAGCGUGAAUGGAUUCAGGCAUGCCACUCCUUCCGGCUGCACUGUGCCGCCUUGGCCUUCUCCCAUGCCUGCCCCAAGCAUGAGGCACCCAUCUUUCUCGUCCUGCACUGUGUGUGGCAGCUGGGCCGCCAGUUCCCGCUGUUGCUGGAGUUUGGGGAGGGGCUGCUGUUGGCUGUUUGAGCACGCCUAUGCCUCCCCUUUUGGCACCUUCCUCUGCAACAGUAGAAAGGAGAGGUGAGCAAGGGGGGAGUCAAGGUGGGUCAGGGGCCAAGCACAGGCCAGGGUCAGGUACCUGCUGUCAGCACGAGAAGACCUCUUUCCCUUUUGGAUGAGUUUUUCUUUGGGUAAAACUUUUGAGUGUUCUCUCCUCCCUGCCUCCAAAUCUCACCUUUCCUCAGAACUUCUGCAAACCCAGAUUUGGAUGGAUCCAAGGCCAAUCCUUUAGACCUACCCACUCUGUCCAUAACAAAGAACAAGGACACUCCAGCUUAAAAAUAAGGACUGAAGGGGAAAGUUGCUGCAAAAUCAUUUCUGGGGCUUUCCACCACUUUGCGGGGCUAAUUCUAGUGAAGCAAUGGAGUAGAGGUUGAAAAGAGUCCAGUGGUUUGGGCUUAACUUCCAGCUCCAUCACUCACCUGCUGGGUGAUCACUGGAAACCUGUUUCCUGUCAGUAGCAAGGAGGCUUCCAGUAACAGCCAUGUCUGUGGGGUGGGGCUGAAUUGGAUUAGCUGAGUUAAAGGAUGGGAAGGGCCUGGCACAGUGGGCGCAGUGGGCACACAUGCAGUGGUCAUUAUUAUCUGGUUGGCUUGUUAGAUAUGUUCCCAAGCCCCCCAAAGCCAUCUUUCUCUCAUCAGCCUGAGGGGAGGGAGGGCUCACACUCCUCUCUUUUGUUGCCUGAUGUGCCCUGUGUGCAUGUGCUCGCGCAUACACACACACACACACUUUUCAUGGAUUCCACUGCUGGGUCACCCAGGUUAGAAACGGUUAUCUUGGGUGGCCUGGGAGGCUCAGCGGUUUAGCACCACCUUCAGCCCAGGGACUGAUCCUGGAGACCCAGGAUCAAGUCCCACAUCGGGCUCCCUGCAUGUGUGCCUCUCUCUGUGUCUCUAAUAAAUAA